AUGAUUGAUAUCAGCGAAUUGUUUGUCAUUUUUCCGAUCGUUUACCCAGUUGGCUCAAAGGAUCAAUCCCUCGAUUUUCCACAAAAACCGAGCACCAGAUGUUGCAAAAAUCAAGAAGUCCAGACCACAGCUUAUACUUUGAUGAACAAACAGAACUCAACAAUCCGAACAGAAAUUGCCGAGACACUGGCCCAAACUGUCAACCAGUCUCUUGUUAUAAUUCGAGCAAUGAAUGAC